CAAAAGGAUCCCCCUUCAUGUAAUCUCUGCAUAUCAAACAACCAGAGUUUGUGUUUUGCAUCGCCGCCUGGCCAACAAUAUCAUGGAUUUGUUUGCGAAAUGUGUCGGCUUUGGCCAAAGCCAUUUGGUUCAAUUGGCAGAAACAUAGUAAGUGUAGCGUGAGUGGUGGUUUCGCGUUUCACGAUGUUCAUCGCAGUGGUCGUUAUGGUUCUUCCCUUCGCUUGGGCUGGCGAUCACUUCCUGCACAAGAGGGCUGAAGAUUGCGAUGUGACAGGGCACUUUAGCUGCAACACCACCGUUUUUGAUGAGAUGGGUGAGAUCACCUUCUAUCCCAAUGAGAAGGACGAGGUGACUUUGGUCAAGAACGACUACGCAAAAUUCAUGCGGGUUGGCCUUCACUAUGGGGUUGACAACCAUGAAAUUCAACAUUGCGCAAAAGUGCCCUCACCGCACCUCACCUAUCGCUGUGCCAUUGUCGAGACUGUAGGGCAGGAUCCCAAUGCUCGCUUCCAUGAUGCCUUCACAGACUACGUCUUCAAUGACGAUUGCAGCUCUUUUACCAAGGUGGGGACACAUUUGUCGAACACCGCUGUGGUGAAUGUGGAAUGUGCUCGCAUCAAGCAGUGAGUGUUGACAGCUUGUCCUCCAGUGGCGCGUCCUCCUGUAAAGUCGGACGCCUGCAUUUCCCAGCCGGCGACCGCAUGUAUAGACUGUGCAGGCCGACUGGACUGGGUGCCUGCUGAGAACUUGCAGCAGGAAAGACGAAUAAUUCACACCAAAUCCAUUCAACUCCAGCCCGAGCAUCAAGAGAGUGCGAGUUGGAAAGGAUGGCUUGAUGAUGCUUGAUGCUUUUUUGGUUGAGGUUUACCAAACCAUCAAGCAUUUUCUCGGCCAGAUGCAGAACUGCAGCUUGGACCUUUGGC